CCCAGUGAGCCCAGGAGAGAGAGAGAAACCGAGGUUCCAGCUGAGGCGGGCGCUGGCAUCAGGGGACAGCUCUUUGGGUCAGCCUCGGAAGGGCUGGGGCCUGGAGAGGAGAGGGGCCAGGCCAGAGGUGAGCACCGUGGCACGCUGCUGGGCUCCUGCAGCCCGGGGGCAGAGCGGCUUUUUUCUCCUUGGCCAGGUGCGCUAGGGCUGGCCAUUCCAAGCCGACUUGGAACUGCGGGGCGGUGGCAUGGAGUGGGAAAUCAACUUGCUUCUCUACCUGGCCCUCUUCUUCCUACUGCUCUUCUUACUCUUCCUCCUGCUCUUCGCCGUCAUCAAGCAGUUGAAGAACUCCAUUGCUCACACAGCUGGGGUGCUGCAGCCGGGCCGCCUGUCGCUGCCCCGGGAGCCGUGGGGCUUCUGCCGCGAGCAAGCCGUGUGAGGCAGCCGGGCUGGGCGCAAGCCUCCGGUGCAGCUCUCCAGCCUCCCUGCGGAAAUCCCACGGGCCGCCCAGUUGUUCCACUCUUGCUCCAAACCUGGGAACAGUCCUACAGCCCUCCGAGUUCCCGCUGCGCCUGGGAUGUCUCCUCAGGCUCCACUGGGUGUUGGUCCGGCCCUACGGUGUUCCCGACCCGUAGCUCUGCGCUCCUGGGGACAAGGGGAGGAGCUGCGGUUCAGUCUACAGCCUCACAGUGGCUCAAGGCUGGUGGUCCCUCCCGGACCUUCGAGA